AUGGGGAAGAAGGAUUAUAUGAACGAGCAUCAGGUGGCACUAUUCACUUGUACCAUCUGUUUCCAACUCUUUGAUUGUCCCACCACCAUAUCCGACUGCAACCACACAUUCUGCAAGAAGUGCAUCGAGAAGAAGUUCACUGAAGAAAAUGUCAACGCUUGUCCUGUCUGCAAGGUUGAUCUUGGUGUUGCUCCUCUUGCUCGGCUCACGGCCGAUUCACGUUUGGAAGAUAUGAUGUCAAGAUACUUCGUACCAAAGCCAGAAAGCGUGAAGCCAGCACUUCGUUUGCAAUACUUUAGGAAGAGGAAGGCAUCUGCAUCUUCACUUCUUGGUUCUACAUCUAAUGUAGUAUCCUUACCUGAGCCAAACACUGAUGCUCCAAUGGAAGCAGAGAAGCUUGGAGAGCAAGUUAAAGAUCUUGUCCUUCAGGAGCAGAGCUCGUCUUCAGUGUCAAGGAAGCGUCCAAGGAAAAACCCAAAUCCUCAAAGCCUCUCAAUGUUCAAGGCGAAACAGCAAGAUUCCGGAAUGGCUGUAGCAUCGCCAUCUGGAGGAUGCAUGGAAAAUGAAGAGCUUUCGCGUUUGCUUGACCGUGUUUCUAUGUUUUUGACCCUCUUUGCGCAGAUCGAGGAAAUGUAUUCUCUGAGAUCUGGAACCAAGAGGAACAUGAAUCCAUCUGGAGCUGGAACUUCAUCACAAGGAACAAUGAGAGAGCUCAGAGAAAGGACUAAACCAGUUUGGUUUAGACUAGUCGCUAUGGAGAAUCAGAGAACAAGUGAACCACUUGCGCAGAUCGUUUGCAAGAAGUGCAUAGAGAAGAAGUUCAAUGAAGAAAAUCUCAACGCUUGUCCUGUCUGCAACGUUGAUCUUGGUGUUGCUCCUCUUACUCGGCUCACGGCCGAUUCACAUUUGGAACACAUGAUGUCAAGAUACUUCGUACCAAAGCCAGAAAGCGUAAAGCCAGGGCCUCCUUUGCAAUACUCUAGGAAGAAGAAGUCACUUCUUGCUUCUACAUCUAAUGCAGAAUCCUUACCUGAGCCAAACACUGAUGCUCCAAUGGAAGCAGAGAAGCUUGGAGAGAAAGUUAAAGAUCUAGUUCUUCAGAACCAGCGCUCGUCUUCAGUGUCAAGGAAGCGUCCAGGGAAAAAUCCAAGUCCUCAAAGCCUCUCAACGAAGGCUAAAGAGCUUGCUGUAGCACCGACAUCUAGCGAAUGCAUGCAAGAUGAUGAAGAGCUUACGAGUUUGGUUGACCGUGUUGAUAACGCUUUGAGCAUCUCUCCAGAGAUCGAGGAAAGGUAUUCUCUGAGAUCUCGAAUCAAGAAGAACAUGAAUCCAUCUGGAGAGGGAUCUUCACAAGGAACAAAGAAAAAGCUCAAAACAAGUGGUAAACCAGUUUGGUUUAGACUAGUCGCUAUGGAGAAUCAGGGAACAAGUAAUCCACUUGCGCAGAUCGGUGGUACUCCUAACACCUGGUUCAAAGCCGAUGGAAACGUAAGUGCCUUACUUGUCAUGAAGAUGAUAGUGCAGAAGCUCAGUCUCGAAAGCGAACUCGAUGUGGAGUUGUUCCUAAGGGGAGAGCAAGUGAGUUCGACGCAGAAGCUGCAGACUUUGGAGGAUUGGUGGGUGGUGACCACUCCGAUUGAAGAGCAGGAAAGCGCCAUGGCUGGCAGCUCCGGCGCCAGGGUUGGGAGCUCCGGCGCUGACUUUGUCAUGGUGAUUCACUAUAGCCGCUCUCUCCUCUUUCACUAA